UUUGAGGUCCCAACGAAAGACAGCGAAUCACCAUGUUUGCCAGAUUUCUUGCCGAAGAGCACCUGGAUGAGGAUCAUCACGAUGAGGAACAUCACGACGACGAUAAGCCUUGGGGCGAUACCAGGAUCCUUCCGGCUUUCGCGGCAGGAGCUUUAUUAGCGGCCGCCGUUUUCUUGAUGAUUCCGGAGAGCUUGGAAUUGCUGGGUGGCGGACACGAGGACCACGAAGAAGAAUCUACUUCGGAAUUCCUCAAUAGUACUGUCGAGGACGAUCACAACAGCACAUCAGAUGCGGACCACUCACAUUUCCGACGCUUCCUGGAAGCAGAAGGAGAACUAUCGUCGCAUGGAGCUGGGCCUACGUGGAAAUUCGGUGCUUCUCUAUUGGCUGGGCUUCUGAUGCCUAUUUUACUCACCGCUAUAUUCCCAGUACCUGAUAUCGAGGAUUGUGAUGUAUGCGAGAAGCUUCAAGAAAAUGAAGAUUCUGCGCUAUCUCCUGCCGCGGCGGAGACCGUGCGAGAACAAAACGAGGAAGCGAACAGUGAUAAAGCCAAUACCGAAGACAAGACCACAAUGGACGAUGGUUGUGAUGCUGGCGCGUGUGGCCACCCUAGUCACGUAAACAAGGCCGACGAUGGAACCGACGAUUCGGAAGUAUCGGUCAACAAACUAGACAAGUCUAAAUCGGCUCUGCCACUCCAAGGGCACGCAAUCAACUGGGGUCUUGCCAGUAGUAUUCUGCUCGGGGACGCUUUCCACAACUUUUGUGAUGGUCUCUUUAUCGGCAACGCAUUUUUGCUGUGUAGCCGAGAAGUUGCGUAUACAAUUGUUGCUACCACCAUUUAUCAUGAAUUUGCUCAGGAACUAGCAGACUUUGCACUUCUUGUUCAUCAUUGUGGCUUGGGUCGUGUUCGAGCUUUGUUGCUCAACUUUGUUUCGGGCCUUUCUGUUCUUAUUGGUGCACUGAUUAUUCUAGCGUCCGAUCUAUCAGAUCAAGCAACCGGUUCUAUCUUGGCUAUUUCUGCAGGUGUUUACAUCUAUAUUGCUGCUUCUGAAUGUAUUCCUCGUAUUCAAGCGAAACGCAAGACCAUCAAGGACACUCUCAUCUUUGUCUUGUGCUUUGCGACCGGUGCAGUUCCGAUUGGUUUGGUUCUUCUUAACCACGGUCAUUGCGAGGCUGGCCAUGAUCAUGAAGAAGAGGAUCACUAGAAGUGACAACUCAUGGUGUCAACCAUUUAUUAGUGCCUUGACUUUCUUCCCAAACUAGUGCUGUAGUUGCUCCUACGUAUUGAUAAGAUGUAGAGAUUCCUGCUACUUCAC